AUGGCAAUAGAGUUUAAGGAUGUAUUUAGCUCAAAGUUAGGAGUUUAUAAACAUAAAAUUUUCAAGUUGCAGAUGAAGGACACGGCUGUUCCCAUAGUCCUAAAACCCCGACCCGUCCCAUUAGCGCACAAGGAGAAGAUUGAAGCAGAGUUAAAACGACUAGAAGAUGCAGGUGUUAUAGUCCCGACUGAAAGCAGUGAGGGGGGCACACCAUUAGUUCCAGUCCUCAAGAAAGACGGUGGAAUACGAUUAUGCGGAGACCAUAGGGUGACGGUAAAUAAACACAUACAGGAGGUCAGAUACCCUCUGCCUCUCAUUGAUGAGUUAUUUGCAAAGUUGAAUGGAGGUAAAACCUUCUCAAAAAUAGAUUUGAGCAAUGCGUACAACCAAUUAGUUCUAGAUGAAGAAUCUUCAAAGGUCUUAACAUGGAGCACGCACAAAGGCUUCUAUAAAGUGACCAGAUUACCUUUCGGAAUAACCACAGCCAGUGCCUUAUUUCAGAGGACCAUAGAACAAACGUUACAAGGGCUAGAUGGCGUGGCUAAUUUUCUAGACGAUAUAAUAAUAACGGGAACGUCCACUGAGGAACACGAAAAAAAUUUAAGGGCAGUGUUUGCUAAACUAAGUAAUGCAGGAUUUAAGAUCAACUUAAACAAAUGCAAAUUCUUUCAAAAAGAAGUAAGCUUCUUAGGACACACAAUCACUCAAGAAGGCAUUAAGAAAAGUGACAAUAAAAUAAUGGCAAUAUUAAAAGCCCCCACAACAGCCACCCACAACAGCCACCCAAGUAAAAAGCUUCGCAGGUAUGGUGAACUACUACAAUUUGUAUGGACAAACGCGUGUAAUCAAGCAUUCGAAGAAAUAAAGAAGAUUAUCGCAUCAGACGAAGUAUUAAUACACUUUAACCCAAAACUACCGAUAGUUUUGACCACAGAUGCGUCCAACGACGGUGUGGCAGGAGUGCUAACUCACAAAUUAGGAAACGGCGACACGAAACCCAUUGGGUUUGUAUCCAGAACGUUGAGCAUAGCGGAAAGGAACUACGCAGCCAUCGACAAAGAAGUCUUGGCGAUAGUGUGGGCUAUCAAGAAAUUUUCAUUCUACUUGAAAAGAUGGAUUUUAUUUUUGUCCGGAUUCAGUUAUAACAUUCAAUACAUAAAGGGAGCGAAUAACAGAGUAGCAGAUAUGUUAUCGAGACACCCAAUAGAUGCAGAAUCAGGGACAGAGGAACAAGCAGUGCCGACAGUCAAUCUAAUCAUAUCAGAAGGUAUUCCAAUUGAUGCUGAAACCAUACACAAAGAAACCGUAAAGGACACAACUUUAAAACAAAUCCACAAGUUCGUAAUGAACGGUUGGCCAGAGAAGAUAAACGAUGAAAAGUUAAUCCAAUUUUCAAGAAGGAAACAACAGAUAACGACCGAGGGAGGAUGUUUAUUAUGGGGCGACAGGAUAAUUAUACCAGAAGUACUAAGGAAGAGACUGCUAGAGGAAUUGCAUGCAUUGCAUCUAGGCAUUGUUAAAAUGAAAUCAAUAGCACGGUCGUACUUUUGGUGGCCCAACAUGGACAAACAAAUCGAGCUCAUCACCAAAGCAUGCAAGGCAUGCAUCAUCACAGGAGACGAUCCCCGGAAGACAGUACGAACACCCUGGCAUCAAAGCUCAAAGCCAUGGGAGAGAGUACAUGUGGACUACCUCGGGCCAAUAAAAAACGACUAUUAUUUUGUGAUGAUUGAUAGCUUCUCCAAAUGGCCGGAGAUAUUUAGAACGAAGAGAAUGACGGCGGAAGUGACGAUUCAAAAAUUAAGAGAAAGCUUCUGCAGAUGGGGAAUUCCCGAAACCCUAGUGUCCGACAAUGGAACUCAACUAGUCUCAAACGAAGUGGAAAAAUUUCUGGAAAGAAAUGGAGUACAUCACGUAACAAGCCCUCCUUAUCAUCCCGCGUCUAACGGCGCAGCGGAGAAUACAGUAAAAUCUUUUAAGCGAGGAAUGAACUCUGCGCUGCUGGAUCCGAAAAACGCAGGGGUAGAUCCGGAUGUGCUAGUUGCCAGUAAGAACGUUAUUCGAUAUAUAGCUAACGAAGGAAAGAGAAAUCUGAGCAAGCCAGAACACCAGAAAUUUGCAAUCAAUGAAAAAGUGUUCAUUAGAGAUUUCAGGGAUUCCAAUAAAAUGAAUUGGAUCGAAGCCAUAGUCACGAAGCAGAUUGGCUCAAAAAUAUAUGAAAUGAAAAUAGGUGACAACGGCAGAACAACCAGAAGGCACAUAGAUCACAUAAAGAAGUACAUCCCCACCAAAGAGACAGAACAACAGCCACGAAAACCUCGCUCAAAACAACCUGCGGAAAACUGCAACAGAGAGAGGUUGACAAUUGCGUGUACUCCGAAACCUCCUGUGCCUCCUUUUAUUACAGUAAAGGUGUGA